GGGACUCGACUCGCCUUAGGAGGCACUAUUUCACCCAGUUUUGGCUCCCGCCUUGCCUGGAUGAUAGGACCGAUAGAUGACAGGGAUCUCUGCCCGCCUAACGAGUGCCUAAAUGGGACACCUUUCGCACGAUGAUGCAAAUGGGUUAUUUAUUGAAAAUAAACCGGAGAGAUUUGACAUGGGGUCUUUCUAGUUCGCUGAGUGCAACUUUCUUAUUUUCACCUAUCCUUCUUUGUCCCCCCCGGUUCUAUACAUUAUACUGGUGACACUUCCCGGUACCGAAAUGCUCAGGCAUACAACAAUGAUGGCGAUCGGUUGUCCUAUCUGUAAUAGUCCCUACCGUGCCCUGAGCAAGCACCUGCUGAGGAACCAUAGUGUGCGUAAUUUAGUUGAAAGAAGAAUUCUGCUGUUGUUGGCGAAAGGACGGAUAAACAUUAGGCUCCAUCCCUGCAUUAUUGCAGGAUGCGAGUACAUCGGGACAAGGCUGGACCGCCACUUGUACAGAAACCAUGUUGAGCUGUCCCGGCAGGAAUUACAUGUGGUUUUAACUAAACUAAAAAUGAAAGUGGCCACGAAGAAGCUUCAUGAACUCAGUUUGACAAACCCCACAGUAGCAAUGAUUACCUCUUGGGAUGUGGACACUGUGGGUGAUGAUGUCCUGUCACAACCUCCACCCUUGUCCCCAGUGAUUAAAUGUGACAACCCGGACUGUAAGGAAUGGAGGAUGGAUGCAAACAGAAUGAAGGCUCAGAGGGACAUAUAUGCUGCUGAGGUGAAAUCCCUGCGCUGCAUGCUGCAGCAGAGGAUUAAACGUAACCGAAAGAGGAUGAACCAGAGGGCCGAGGACCAAGAGCGGGUGUUUCUAAGGAAACGAUCCCGAACAGAGUCAACACCAAAGAGGCUGUCCAAGUCCAAAGGUCCCUCCUGCAGGAAGUCCCCCAUUGCCUCUCACACACCUGUAUCCAGCUCCUCAGAACCUGCAUCCAUAGAUACCGAGGCCUCGUCAUCCUCCCCUCCCAUACAUUCCCCCUGGUUCAGCGGCAGGGGCCGGGGGAAUCGAAUGCGGGACAUUACAUUCCCACGCAUCAUGGAGAAGUAUCUGCAAGGCUACCGGGACCAUUAUGAGGGCAUCGAUCCAACAGUGAGGCUCCAAGAAAACGCAGUCUCCAAAAUAAGCAGAGUCAAAUCAUUCCUAAGCUUCAUGGCACACGGUUUCAAUCGCCUGUCUGACUGGCUCUUUUUGAGGGAUCUGAAGAGGAUACGUGGGUGGUCCCGGAGCCUGAUAAAGUCAAGCCUACAGGUCACGACAUCUGACUUAUAUAUCAAAAAUAUAUCACACUUUCUCAAGUACAUGAAUGAAACACCAUGCAAGGGGAGCAGGCUCAACCAGAAUGACAUGAUUUUAAUCACACGGGAAGUUGCUGCCAUCCUGAAGUCCAUGAGAAAGAAGGUGUUUAUCCACCAGAUGCAGGUGAAGCGGGACAAGAUGGAAGGUCUGCCAAGCCAUAAAGACAUCAUGGCAUGUUUGACUGCGGCCAAAACUCGCAUCCCUCAGCUUCUGGACGUGAUGACCAGCAAUCCGACUCACGCAACCCGGAGCCUGCUCUAUGGGUACAUGACCCUCAAUUGGAGCUGCAUUUAUGGGCACCGUCCGGGGGUCUACUCCAACAUGACCAACACGGAGGUCCUAAAGGCGGAGAUAACUGGCACUGCCUUUGGCCACCUCAUCCACGUAAGCAACCACAAGACGGCCAACGCGUUCGGGGAAGCGCAGAUGUACCUCACCAUAGAAGAAUUUGGAUGGAUGAAGAGGUGGCUGGAAAUCAAGGGGACGCUGACCGGCACCAACAACCGCUACUUCCUCUGCAUAGCGGGGAAGAACCCAUCGAGGAACCUUGCCACCUUCCUGAGGUUGGCAUGGGCUGAUGUUGGACUAAAAGGUCCCAUUAACUUCACCGACCUCCGCACAGUCCACGCCGAUAAUGCGAAGAGGUUUCAGGACAUAAGCAACCACCAAAGAGUGAGUGAUUUCAUGUGUCACAACACUGCAACUGCAGACACAUUUUAUGCCAAGAAUCCUUCUUUGAAAGAGGCUGCGGACAUACGAAUGCUCUUCACAGAGUCACUGCAAGCAGCGGCCGCAGCAGCAUCAGGGGUGAGUGAAGACAAUUUGGGGGACAUUGACAUCCACAGUGACCGUGACAGCUCUGGAGAGGAGCAUAGCCCUACUCCCUACCAAGACUCCACCGAUACCGAGACGUCAGAUGAAGAAUUAUACAAAGACUUCAACGCUUGGAGAGCGGCGAAGAGGGAACAGUCAAUGGCCGAAAACAGUCCCUCAGACACGGGUGAAGAGAGGGUGCCAGCCUCUGCACCAACUUCACCCGAUACGGACAAUGUUGCCAGUGACCAACUUGUAAAUAUGCAAUAUCCCCAGGGGCACGAGGUUCUGGUGGUGUGCAUGAAGGGGUUUAGUCCGCGUGAGGAGUGCUCAAAUGUGGGAGGAUGUCUAGACCUCGACCACACUUGUAACACCAACAUGUUAGAGCAGGAUCACGUGAACCUCUGGCGGGGAACUAGGACGAUUCGAAUUCGUGAUGUUGACAUCACGCUGGAGAACAUAGGCAGAAUAUUUAAGCUGACACCCUCGAGCAUUUACUUAAUUGCUGAGACUGGUGUGGUCCUGUUGCCAAGCAGCCUGGGCUACUUGGGCAACAUCGAGACGGAAGGGCGCUAUGAGGUUUGUGGAGAGGAUGUCUCCACACCAUCCUCAUCUGGGCACCCAGCUCCGCAGCCGGCCCAGCCAAACCUAUUCCGCUUUGGGGGAAGGCCUGUGGCCUCUGCUGGCCGCGCUGGACCUGCGGCCGCUGUCAAGAAUUUUUCCAGGAUCAUUUGUAUGGGAAGAGUGGAGGAUGGAGUCCUUCAGACGGAUGGAGGAAAUCUCUACAUUGAUUUCUCAGAGAGAGAUGCGACUUUGACUUAUUUUACCGACAAAAUAAAGUCUGACCUGGGCACAGAGGAGGAGGUUGUCCUCUGUGACGGGAAGGGGAACCGAAUGCUAGAGGGGGCCGGGACAACUGGAAAGGUCAAUUAUGUGAGAAGUCUGGGGUUUUGGAGGCAAAAUGCCAGAAAGAUGGUGGCUCUUCUCAUCAGCUCCUAUCAGGAGCUGAUGAGGAGAAAAAGGAGGAGGACAAGUGGUAUUGAUUCCGAUACUGUGGAGAAGGUGGAGGAGCUGGUGCUGGCAGCAGAGGAGCUGCCAGCUAUCACACAGGCCCUGCGGGACCUCAGCCGGUACGCCCAGGCCAAUAAGGCCUUGACGACUGACCAGGUGUCCACCAUCAAGGCCACAUUUAAGUGCCUUAUAUGCCGAGGUGACCUCAAGAGACUUUAA